AUGACCACCCCAACACGCAGCAAACGUGGCAUAGGCUGGCCCUGGGACAAACCGGCCUCACACUUCAAACUCUAUCAACCCUACACACAAUCCGGCAAAAUCUCAUGGGUCUUUAACUGGGAACUAUGGGCGCCAGCUUCCUUACCACCAGAACUCGAAUGGAUCCCGUGUGUUCGCACAUCGGGAAACGCGAAAGACGCCGACGCCUUUCUAUCAGACAUCAUACUGAACCGCGGCCUCGCGGUUUCUGCAUUACUGGGCUUCAACGAGCCCGAGAUCCCUGAACAAGCGAACAUCUCCGUUGAAACGGCGAUAGACCUAUGGCGACGCAUCGUUCUACCUUCAAAGCGCAAAUUCAAUCUGAGGAUAGGUAGCCCGGGUAUGUCAAGCGACGUGAGCCGGAGUAAACCGUGGCUAUCGAAAUUCCUAGCCUCAUUAAGUGGCGAGGACGAGCUUGACUUUCUGGUCGUGCACUGGUACGGCCCGCGGUUCGCGGACAUGCGCGAGUUUCUGGAGGAUAUGCACACGACAUAUAAUUUGCCUAUGUGGGUGAACGAGUUUGCGUGCUCGAGUAUGGGUCAAGGCGAGUCGACGCAGGAUGAGGUCGAGGCUUUUAUCCGCGAGGCGUUGCCCUGGCUGGACCAGUGUGAGUGGAUUGAACGGUAUGCGUAUUUUGGAAAUGCGCAGGGGAGGGAUCUGGGCAGUUGGGUGGGACGAGGGAGUACAUUUACUGAGAUGGUGGAAGGGGCGGGUGAUAUUGAUGAAAGGAGACUGAGUCGCAUAGGGAAGAUAUAUUGCGAGCUUUGA